AGUGUACAUCAGUGAAAGAAAUUUGAACAAGAAGUGGAAGCCGAGCUUUGCUUUACUUUGCGUGGGCGAUUUUCUGCAGAUUUUUUCAUCGUCAGAGGGCCUUUGGACAUUUUUGGAGUCCUCUUCGUCCUGUGUGGCCACCAUGCCCUCUUACACAGUGACCGUUUCCACAGGGAGCCAGUGGUUUGCAGGGACAGAUGACUAUAUCUACAUUACACUGGUGGGCACGGAGCGAUGCAGCGAGAGAACCCUGCUGGACAAACCUCUGUACAAUGACUUUGAGAGGGGGGCGGUGGACUCCUAUGACGUGAGGGUCGGGGAGAACCUGGGUGAGAUAGUGUUGGUGAAGAUUGAGAAGAAGAAGUACUGGGUGCAGGAUGACUGGUACUGCAGGUACAUCACAGUCAAGACCCCGUCCGGAGACUACGUGGAGUUCCCCUGCUUCCGCUGGCUGGUGGAUGACAAGGAGGUGGUGCUGAGGGAUGGAAGAGCCCACCUGUCUCAGGAUGAUAAGACCAGCCUGGUCAAGCAGCACAGGCAAAAAGAGCUGGACAUGAGGAGGAAAACCUACAGAUGGAAGGAGUGGCAGCCAGGCUUUCCUAUGAGCAUAGAUGCUAACAGACACAAGGAUUUGCCCCGGGACAUCCAGUUUGACAGUGAGAAGGGAGUGGACUUUGUGCUGAACUACAGUAAAGCAAUAGAGAACCUGUUUGUGAACCAGUUCAUGCACAUGUUCCAGUCCUCCUGGAGUGACUUUGCUGACUUUGAGACCAUCUUUGUGAGAAUCAAAAACACGAUCUCAGAGUAUGUGAUGCAACACUGGAGGGAGGACUUCAUGUUUGGGUACCAGUUUCUGAAUGGUUGCAACCCUGUUGUGAUUACAAAAUGCACCAAACUUCCUGACAAGUUUCCUGUCACUCAUGAGAUGGUCUCUGUGAGCCUGGAGAGGGAGCUGACUCUGGAACAGGAAAUAGAGGCAGGCAACGUCUACAUGGUAGACUACGAGGUGUUAGACGGCAUCAGUGCUAACUGCACAGACCCAUGCACGCUGCAGUACCUGGCAGCUCCAAUCUGUUUGCUGUACAAGACCGCACACAACAAAAUCCUGCCCAUAGCCAUACAGCUCGGGCAGACUCCAGGCGAAGACAACCCGAUCUUCCUGCCCACCGAUGGUCAGUAUGACUGGCUGCUGGCUAAGAUCUGGGUCCGCUCGGCUGACUUCCAGUACCACCAGACCAUCACACACCUGCUCAGGACGCAUCUGAUCACAGAGGUGUUUGCUAUUGCCAUGUACAGGCAGCUCCCCGCUGUUCACCCUGUGUACAAGCUACUUAUUCCACACAUUCGUUUCACCAUUGCUAUCAACACCAAAGCCAGAGAGCAGCUCAUCUGUGAGUGUGGCAUCUUUGACAAGGCGAACGCGACAGGUGGAGGUGGUCAUGUGCAGCUGAUCCAGAAGGCCAUGAAGUCCCUGACCUUCAGGUCUCUGUGCUUCCCGGAUGCCAUCAAGGCCCGCGGCGUGGACAGGAAGGAGGAGCUGCCCACCUACUUCUACAGAGACGACGGCUACAGGGUGUGGGAGGCCACCAAGAGUUUUUUGUCUGAUGUGGUGCACAUUUACUACGCCAGCGACGAGGUGGUGCAGGGAGACGAAGAAAUCCAGGCCUUCAUUAAAGAUGUGUGCAGCUUCGGUAUGCAGGACUUCGAUUACUGUGAGUUUCCCAAGUCUGUGAAAUCACGCGAGGAGCUGAUAGAGUACCUGACAGUCAUCGUGUUCACUGCUUCAGCUCAGCAUGCAGCAGUUAACUUUGGACAGUAUGACUGGUGUUCCUGGAUCCCCAACGCUCCGUCCACCAUGCGAAAGCCCCCGCCCAAACAGAAGGGCUUGGCAGAUGUGAACUUGAUCAUCGAGAGCCUCCCUGAUCGCGGACGGUCCAGCUGGCACCUGGGGGCCGUCUGGGCUCUCAGCCAGUACCAGGAGAACGAGCUGUAUCUGGGCAUGUAUCCUGAUGAGCACUUCACAGAGAAGCCAGUGAAGGCGGCAAUGGAGAACUUCAGGAAGCAGUUGGCGGAGAUAACCAGCUCCAUCAAGAGGAGGAAUGAUGGAAAGAAGCUGCCGUACUACAACAUGUCGCCUGAUAAAAUCCCAAAUAGUGUUGCUGUUUGAGGAAAAAAUCACUUCUUUGGGGUAUAUUAUCAUGCCCCUACUGAAUAUUUUGCAAAUAGCAAGCUUUUAUCGAGCUAUUCAAAUACGCUGAGUGUGUGAUUUUGAUACUUCUGUAUAUUUAAAUCCAUAUGUGCUGACAAAAAAGCCAAUUUGCAAAUGUCAACUUUGCUUUUUUUGUCUCUUAUUCAGGUGAAAAUUGGUUAAAAUGUUAUUGCGCAGA